GGCUGGGCCUCUCCGGAGCGAGAGUUCCAGAAUUGAAAAAAUGAUGCCUGAGGACCUAGACCAAUUCCUUGAAGAACAAAAAGCAAAGUUGGCACAAGACAAAGCAAAGCUUGACAAUGAUCCACCUUACAUGGAAAUGCAGAACAAAAAUGCAGAGAAGCUUUCUGAGACCAGCAAAAUGUUAAUAGCCAUGGCUAAAGAAAACAUUCCACCAAAUAGUCAACAGACUAGUAUACAUGAUUAUGGCUUAAGCUUGCCUCUCGGGGAAGAAUAUGAAAAUAAAAAGCACAAAUUGAAGGAGGAGCUUCGACAAGACUACAGGCGUUACCUUUCUCAGGGUAUUUCACAGACAAAAAAGAAGAAAAAAUACCUUACAUCAGGUGAAGUUGACCCACAUACUCAGGGGCUAUCACUUCCUAUUGGUGACAGGAGGUCUGCUAAGGACAGGUUAAGACUUGAAAGAAACAAAGAAUACAAUCAGUAUCUCAGGGAAAGAGAAGACUGGAAUGAAAGGUUAAGAAGAGUAGGGAAGAAGCACCCAGAGCAUGACACAGACACACACAAAAGAGGCAUUGCUGUUACCAGAUCCCAGCCAGCAUUACACACCCCAGCAUUACAGCCACCAAUAAGAGAUGAAGAAUUCUUCAAGAAAGAUGCCUGCACAUCUACAGAUACCUUUGAAGAGCUGCCAGACAAGAGACAAUCAGUAGAUCAACACCACAAACCAAAUAAUGACGUUGGACAUGGGGACACCCUGUUGCACAAACAACUUGAUGAAGUAUUGAACAUUUCCAGCAGAAAGCACCAAAGGCUGGAUAGCAAACCUGAUACCUUUUCUAGAAGGCAUCACAGGUUUGAUGAAGGUCAUGAACCUGAAAUAGACGAUGAAAUGGACCCUAGAUUUCGAUAUGAAAGUGACUAUGACAAAAAGCCACUGCGGGUCUUUCAUGCUCAAAGAAGCCAAGGCACUAAUGAGCAAGCACAAGCUGCUGCUGGCAGUACCCCAUAUGCAACAGGACUAAUCAUUGGUGGUCAAGACAGAGAGCUUAUCCAGAGAAGAAAAGAGCAAUAUAGGCGAGAACUGAUGGAACAAAUUGCAGAGCAACAAAGAAAUAAGAGACGUGAAAAAGAGCUUGAGCUCCCAGUUGCUGCAUCUGGAGUUGUAGACCCUGAGAAGAAGCUAAGUGAAGAGAAGCCUAACCGACUGAAAGAACUGGGAUUAACACCACGAAUAUCCGAUGAGAGAAUACCACCAGAAAGACCAAGACCAGCAUUUCAAACUCCUACACCUGGACCCACCUCCAUAUCUGCACCUCCUAUCUCACCUGUGAAUGAAGAGUUCCACAGAGGGUUGUCCACUACUCUUGGAGAAAUGUUGGCUCCCAGAAUUGCACCGUUACCGCCUCCACCUCCACCACCAAUUCUGAUUGAUAACUACAGAACUCCAUAUGAUGAUGCAUACUACUACUAUGGUGCCAGGAACCCUUUGGACCCCAGCCUUGCAUAUUAUGGCCCAGGUAUAACAGGGAUGCAGCCUUCAUCUGCACCUCCCCCUGUAGAUGCUUUUCAAAGACCUCCUCCUAUGACUGCAAGUAAAAUCAGAGCAAUAAUUGCAGAUGACAGGCCCAAAGGUCUGGGUAUGUUUCCUGAAGAAAAACCAAAGACCUCAAAAGAGGCUACUUUAACUUAUCAGCAAGAACUACAACAACAGAUAAGGGAAAGAGAAGAACGUCGCAGGCAAGAGAAGGAAGAAAAGGAACGGUAUGAGGCCAAAUUAGAAGCUGAAAUGAGAACUUACAAUCCUUGGGGCAAAGGAGGUGGCGGUGCUCCUCUCAGAGAUAAAAAAGGAAACCUCAUAACUGACUUGAAUAUGAUGCACAAGCAAAAUGAAGAUGCAUAUCAUAAUCCAGAGGCACGAGUAUAUGAAGAUAAAAGGGCUAUAGUAUCUGUUGACCUAAGUUUGGCCUCCCCAAGACUUGAGAAUACAGAUGAAUCUUCAAAUAAAAUAGCAGGUUUCACAUAUACACAAACAUCCCCAUUUGCUCGUGGUAACAUUUUUGGUGAAACCCCAACACCGGAGCAGCUUAGGCGGCAAGAAUCGUACAAGAACUUUCUUCGUUUCCAGAUUGAGGAGAAAAGAAAACGAGAAGAGGAAGAGCGUGAAAAACGAAGACUUGAAGAAGAAAGGGAAGACAAAAGGCUAGCUGAGCAGAGGGCUAAAAUACAGAGAGAAUAUGACGAGGAAUUAGAGAGGAAACGAAGGCGAGAAGAAGAGCAAAGAUUAAAAAAUGAAGAACUGUAUCGAUUAGCUGAAGAAAGAAGAAAAGAGGGAGAGAGGAAAAGGGCGGAAGAGGAAGAAAGGCUGGAUAAACAGCUCCAGCAGAAUAGUGAAAAUGAAAGACAUGUAAUGGUUGGAGAAGAAAAGAAACCUAGUCUUCAUAUUUCUAGACAACCUUCUCCUCUGAUUCCAUCUCCUCAGAACAAAGCUGUCGUAAAAGAAGAAAGGGCUCUUUUAGUGGAGAGCCGUAUGUCUUACUAUACACAUGAUGUUCCCAGAAUCCCAUCUCCUCCAGUUCCAGCUAGAAGAAACCAGCUACGUGCCUAUGAAGAAAAGAAGAAUGUAAUAAGUGAGCUGUCAGAGAUGAGGAAGCAGCUUCGCAGUGAAGAGCGGCGACUCCAGGAAGAGUUGUUGAAAGUCCACAGUGAUGAUGAUGACAUGCCAGCGAAAGGCAGGAGGAAAGAUAAAUAUAACAUGGAUGUAUUUGAGAUGGCUAGGCUUCGUAUGCAAGCUCCAGUCAGACGACCGUCAUCAAAAGAUGUCGCUGAUCCUAUCAACGUGCAGAAUAUCCGGGAUUUUAAUGAACUUAAAUACAAAGAGUCAGACACACGGGUAGAAACACGAUAUAUGUAUCCUGAUCCUCCCACGACUAAUGAUGCCCUGGACAUUCAGCAGCAAGCAUUACUAAGAGAGCAGAACAAGAAACUUAAAAAACUGAGGAAAAAUGCAGAAGCCGCCCUAGAUUUUGAUGAGCCUGUGCCUGGCUUUAAAUCAAGAGACAGAGGAAUGGUCAGAGACGAUGUGUCAAACUCACUUUUAGAGUCUGAUAGUGCUUUUAUUGGUACUGAUGGUGAGACCUUUCCUAUUUUAGAUGACCAUGACUUCAAUGUAAAUUCACCUCCACCACCGCCUGUAUCUGCAAGGGAAAGGAGGCGAGAAAAGAAAAUGGAUGCUGAUGCCCUUAGGCCGACUCCACCACUGCAGACUGACGACGACUCUCUGCACUCAAACUCUAGUCUUAAUAUAGAUCAGCUGAAAGCCAGAAAUGAAGAGCGAUUGCGAAGGCUGAAUGAGCUGCAAAAGAAGGCCAUUCACAUAGCUGAUGAUGUUCCACUGGGAAAUGCUGAUGACAGAAGACCCAGCUCUGUGGACACAGUGGCAACCGAACCGUGGCUGAGACCUGGGACAUCAGAAAGCCUUAGAAGAUUCAUGGCUGAGCAGUCAAGUCAAGCUAAACUUUCUUCUGAGAUAAACUUACCGUUCAAUUGGCAGGGGCUGUCCACAGCCCAUGGCUGAAUAAAAUCUGUAGUGAAGCCA